GAUCUUUAUGCGCGGUGAGACGAACUUACGAGGAUCGAUCAGCCAAGGGAGAGAUACGCCAUGGGGAACACUCUGACAAGAUUAUUCAAACGGCUCUUUGGUAAAGAAGAAGUCCGAAUAUUAAUGGUCGGACUAGAUGCUGCGGGAAAAACGACGAUUUUAUAUCAGCUGAAACUCGACGAACCUGUCACCACAAUACCGACAAUUGGAUUCAACGUCGAGACAGUCGAAUACAAAAACAUCAGUUUUACUGUGUGGGAUAUCGGAGGGCAAGACAAAAUUCGUGUUCUGUGGAGGCUGUAUUACCAAGAAACCCAGGGACUUAUUUUUGUUGUAGAUAGCAGCGAUAGGAAUCGUGUCGCGGAAGCGAAAAAUGAGUUGUUCCGUCUUCUAGCCGAGGACGAACUUCAGGACGCUGUUCUUUUGGUCUUUGCAAAUAAGCAAGAUUUACCCAACGCCAUGUCCACCGCGGAGUUAAGCGAUAAAUUAGGGCUUCACAGUCUCAAGGGAAGAAACUGGUACAUUCAGGCCACCUGUGCGCUUAAGGGAAAGGGUCUCUACGAGGGUUUGGAAUGGCUUUCUCAACAGAUUCGAGAACAACAAAUCAAAUUUACAUAAAGGUGCUGGUUGGGGCUUUUUCUCUAAUAAAAGGAACCCGCUUUGAAGCUGUUCAACAACGGUUCGGGAGGAGAAUAACCAAGAAACGAUCUCGUCUCGGUGUUCAGAAAUAAUGGAAAGAAGGCCAAGAUUUAGCUGGAAAGAUGUUUGAAUAGAGAGGAAAGAGGGGAAUAACUGCCAGUGAUCGCGUGGGAAAUUCAAUGAAUCACAGUGCUAACGCAUCACAAAGAAGGUCAUCACAAAGAGGGUCAGUUCAUCUUUGUUUUCGUGCAUCUCAAGAGCUCCAAGGCGUGUCAGUGUGGCUGAACAAAAACCUGCGACAAUCAACACUCCAGGCUUGGAAUUUUUUUACGUAAACCUAGAUUAUUUAUUUAAAUGGAAUCGUUUUCAUUUAUGAUAUAAGCCGAGUUAUAAAUAUGUUUCCGAUGGUCUAAUUCACCAAAAAUUGUGUAACUAUGCUUAUGAAUCUUUUUUACAAAUUUUCCAUUGUCUAUCAACAGCUAUGUCAACUAACAAAGUGGACUGUUCAAAACUAGAGUGUUAAAAUGUUGGUCGGUAAUAAAAGCUUCCCGGCAAGAUAAAACGAAUUCAUGAUUUAAGCUUUGAUGUGAAAUUCUAUGCUGGAAAUAUAAAAGAAAGUUGUUAUGAUAUCCGUUUGUUGCCAGGAUUCAGAAUGAAGU